GGCAGUGGAACCCAAAAGACUGGACGGCCUUCCAGGUGUUUAGGAUCAGCCUCAUGACAUCAGAGCUGAUCUCCAUGGAGACAGAGACACAGAUGAAGGGUCUAAAGGUCAUAUUUGACCUGCAGGGAUGGAGUUUAGGACAUGCCUUACAGGUUAACCCUUCCAUUGCCAGAAAGAUAUCCUCUGUUCUGUCGGACUCUUUCCCCCUGAAGGUUAGAGGGAUCCAUCUGGUCAACGAGCCUAUGUUCUUCCGGCCUGUCUUUGCCAUGAUUCGUCCCUUCCUUCCAGAUAAAAUCAAACAAAGGAUUCAUAUGCACGGUUCUGAUUACCACGACAGUCUAUGCGACUUCUUCUCGCCAGAUAUCCUUCCUCCAGAAUACGGAGGGGAGGGGCCUGGCAUAGAAGAGGCAUGUCAGGACUGGACCAAUCACCUUUUCCAGUCAGGGCUCCUUCAGCAGAUUGCGGCUCACCCAACAGGAGACAUCUCCAUAACUCCAAGUGCCCCACUGAUUUCAGAGGAAGUGGACACUGACCAUCUCUCUGAGUGGUGACGGAUCACACAUACCAUGCUUUUUUUCUUUGGAUCAAAACAACCUAGUGUGCUGUCGACUGACUCGUUUAAGGUCUGUAGCAUGUGAGUACAUUCACUGUAAGUUGUUCACGUUGCAGCGAUGCUUGCUGCCUGAGUCUUUUUAUUUCUCAUUAUUAUUUUGUAGACUUUCAUCCUUUCAGAUGUGUCAGGGGAAGGAUUCUCCACUCAUUUGGAAGCAAGUUAACCUUGUAGGUACAUGUAACAUCCCAAGAAAAGAGAAAAGUCUUGUGGUGCCAUGACCCAAACCCAACAGGAAGUCAACCAUUUGAAGUAAAAAUGUGUUAUAUGUUUGUAUUUUUGGCCAUUUACAGGGGACAUACUUGAAUUGAAUCAUUCCUGGCAAGUCAUCCUACCAAUUACAAACUUUAUACAGAAAAGAUGUAAGCAGUGAAAGGUUUCUUAAAUAACUUCUGUCAAUGGGCGCAGCCUUUAGGGGUUACCUAAUCUCAUAACAGGAGCUGGGCUGACUGUUAUCUACUUCACUUAGUAGACUCACUUUUCUUAAGGACCUUAUACAAUUUUUACUUUAAAAAACCUGAGCUAUUCCCUUCAAUGCAGUGGCCACAAGAAAUGUAAUUUCUCAGCACUGCCUUAGGUUGCUACUCAAAGCUUCAGCACUCCCUUACCUGUCGGUAUGUUUCCAAAGGCCCAUUCAACACUGGUUUAAAAGUGAAUUUAGGCCCAAACUGCGCAGCUUGAGGACCUUAUUGGAACUGUUGUUUCUUUCUUUUAAUUUUGUAUAAAGGAAUUUGCAUCCUCAAGAGUCCAAAGGUGAAACAAGAAUCAGUAUUAUGAAAUUUUGUAUAACUUUAUAAUUUAUAUUGGGUCUUGGGAAUGUUGUGCAAAAUAGCUCCUUAGAGCCCCAUACAGCAUAUUUACAAAGUGUACCUCAGCAAGUUUCAUCUAAGCGGCAACCUCUGGUGUUGAAAAGUGGCUUCAAAUGUCUGCUUCAAACACCAAUGGGGGGGGGGGGUGUCACUGAGACUGUCUAUGGUUUAUACAGUCUAUAAUUUAUAGAGUCUAUAGUUUAACCAAGAUACAUGAAGUUUAGUCGGCACAGAGCACUCACACUGGUCAAAUGGACUGGACUUUAGGGGGAAAGCGUGCUUGGGCACAGUACUGAUUGCCUAAUGUGUGUUCACCUUUAGUAUGCCAACGUAAACCCAAGUCAGCCAUUUUUUGUGUGAGCUUUACUUGGAAAAAAAAUCGUACUUAUUCCGUCUCUUACAGAAAUGAUGCAGAAUGUUGUAUAUUUAUAUGGAUAAUGCUACACUGUAUGAAUGUCAUAUCAAGACAGUUUGUAUGUUCUUAAGUAAGACCUGAAUAACUGUUAACAGAUAAGGUGGACCUCCUGGGUGGAUUGCCAGAUGAGAUACUUUCAUGCGUAAUAAACUGCUUGACUGUACAAUACAUGGACGUAGUCUCAGACACAAGCCAGGGGAUGGGCUGACAGUGUGAUACUACUCUACCAGUCCAUACGCUCAAACUUCCUUAAAACAAAUCUUUCUGUGAAAUCAUGUGAACUUCAUCCAAGAAGAAAGCCUCUGUAAGAAAGAGCUUGCAGCCAAACAGUAGACUGUAAAAUGACAAGCACAGCAAACAUCACUCCAUAAGGACAUUCAUUUUAUCAGCCAAUCAAAUGAUCCCAUUGGUUUUCUUUAGCUGAGUCUGUUAACAGUUUCAAAGUUUACUUUUUUUCAUUUAUUGUUACAACAUUAAGUCGUUAAUGUUAUAAAACUUGACUAUGUGGACCAAUAAUGUACAUAUCCACUUUAAACAACAUGCUGUAAAAAUGUAUGAUUAAAUGUUCACAAUAAUAAAGAAAAUGUUUUAGCGAAUAAAUGGAUUUAUUUGA